AUGUUGUGUAGAAGAGGAAUGGGAGUUGAAUUUUUCAGCGAUUCGAAGAAAGAUGAUUUAGUUAGUGGGAUUAGUUCUCCUGCAGCAGAGAAAAUCGGGCGACGAGAUAUAGCAUCUGCGACAUUGUUAAAUCGAUUGUGCAAAGGAUAUUUGCAAAGGAUAGACAUUGGGGAUGAAUAUAUACUUACAGA